AAUAUAGGAAUUCACCAAAUGAGUCGAAUUGCCGACAUGCUGACUUCUGUGGAAUGUGAGGCUUUAUACACAAAGCUGACAAACCCGGAGAAGGACAUUACUGACGAACUUAACAACAUGCUAGAAGAAAAUGACAAUCUUUUCAAGACCAGAAAACGCAGAGAAAUCACCGACUUCAAAGACUGCAAGGAAAUUCUGCUCAACUGGCUGAGGGUGGAUGGUGACAGUAUGUACUGGGAUCGGCUGUCACGAGCAUUGAGGCAAGUUGGUCGGGAAGAUGUAGAUAAAGAAAUGAGGAAGAACAUGAACCAAGACAAAACUCUGGAGGUGAAUAAGAACAUUGAGCAAUACGGUAAAACAUUGAAACAUGCCCAUUCCUCACUAAUUGUGACUGAUGAUGAAAUUAAAGUUAAGGACCAAAACAGAGAAAAACGUAGUGAAGCACUUAAAAUCAACUGGGAUGAACUGGAACUCAUUGUUGAAAUGGAAAAGCUCCCACCUUAUCCAAGAAAACUCACAGAUGGAUUCAAGACAGUACUUUGGGGUGUUUUUUUUGGAUGUUUUAGUUCCACAAUCUUAGGUGCAAUCACUAUGUACUUCAUCAUUAAAAUAACAGAGAGAGAUUGUAUGGAGAUAAUGCGUCGGUCCAGUGUGCUUCAACGCAUCAGGCGUCGAAGAAAACAAGUGAAACAUGAAGUCUACUCUUCAGAUGAUGAAAGCUGUGUCACGUUGAAGGGGAAAAUAACGCUGUGGCUGGUUGUCUCUGCGGCUGCCGAUGCCACACAAAUUGGUGUUGACUAUGCCCAGGGCAGCCAACCAAGGUCCAGGCUCACAGGACAGAAGUCACAGGCCCGCGGCUGGGUGACAGCUAUUUCGGAGACGCAGGAGUUUCUCCUCUGUGCGACGUCUCAACCGAUCACCCUUGCCCCACAGUGCCUGUAA